ACUCGUGUCGUGUGGAACUUUCGCAAAUCCCGCAAGGCCGAGGCUAAAACCCUCGCUCGGUCGCUCUGCUCUGUGUCUACCCUAUUCCCCAAUCUCCAAACUCCAAAGACCCUAACUUCUCUUUCUUCUCUCUUCUCUCCUCUCUCUCUCUCUAUGGCUGCUUCUACUGCACCUUCGGAGAACGGACCGACGACGGCACCGGCAAUUGAGCAAGCGCCGGCAACAUCUGAAGCCGCCACUGAUACAGCCACAGCCACCGCGGUCUUGGAUGAGUCAUCUCAACAGCCUCCAGAGACGGCGGCAACUCCAGAAGCCCCGGUUCCGGCCCCGGUGGCGACGCCAGCCGAGAAGAAAUGGCCUGGGUGGCCUGGCAAUAGCGUUUUCCGUCUCAUAGUCCCUGUUCUUAAGGUCGGUAGCAUCAUCGGUCGCAAGGGCGAACUAGUCAAGAAGAUAUGCGAGGAGACUCGCGCUCGCGUUCGCAUUCUAGAUGGACCCAUUGGCACUUCUGAUCGUAUCGUCCUGGUAUCGGGAAAGGAAGAGCUUGAAGCACAACUAUCCCCUGCAAUGGAUGCUGCAUUAAGAGUAUUUAGACGUGUUCAUGGCUUGUCUGAUAGUGACGGUGAGGGUGGAAAUUCAACUACUGCUGGAAGUGCAAUGUGUUCAGUUCGGCUAUUGGUAGCAUCAUCACAAGCAAUUAAUCUAAUUGGAAAGCAAGGUUCUCUAAUAAAGUCAAUACAAGAGAACUCUGGUGCAUCUGUGCGUAUUCUAUCUGGAGAUGAAGUGCCGUUCUAUGCUACCUCAGAUGAGAGAAUUGUAGAGAUACAAGGAGAAGCUCUAAAGGUUCUUAAAGCACUAGAAGCAGUAGUGGGGCACCUGAGGAAGUUUUUGGUUGAUCAAAGUGUUAUUCCUUUGUUUGAGAAAGCUUACACCCAGACAAUCACACAAGAUCGUGCAGUAGACACUUGGGCUGAUAAGACACAGUCACUGCUUCAUUCAGCUUCUCAAACUGGAAUUAGCAGUGAUUACCCACUUUCAUUGAAGAGGGAUUCUUUAUUUCUCGAUCGUGAAACUCAGCUGGAGUCACAAAUCCAACAUUCUGGACUGUCACUUUAUGGACAGGAUCCUGCACUUCCUGGAAUGCGUUCUUCAGGACUUGGUCGUACUUCUGCUCCUAUAGUUACCCAGAUUACACAGACAAUGCAAAUACCACUUUCUUAUGCAGAGGACAUCAUUGGGAUUGGAGGAGCAAAUAUUGCAUAUAUUCGCCGUAGCAGUGGAGCCAUUCUCACUGUUCAGGAAAGUAGGGGCCACCCAGAUGAGAUUACUGUGGAAAUAAAGGGCACCUCAUCACAGGUUCAGACAGCUCAACAACUUAUUCAGGAAUUUAUUAGUAGUCACAAAGAGCCGGUCACAAACAGCUACGGCAAAGUUGACAGCGGGUUGAGGUCUUAUUCUCAGUUGAACAAUACGUCCUAUCCUUCAUCUUCCUUGUCAACACAAGCAUUUGGUGGGUAUGGAUCUUCUGGUGUCGGAGGGUACAGCAGCUUCAGGCUCUAAAUAGUAACCUAGUUUUAUGCUGGCUUUUUUUUAUUCUGACAAUGAUUAAUCCUUUAUCUAUCACUGUUAUGUUUAGUCGAUUCCAUGUAGAGCAGUUGUUUUUAUAUGCUGGUUUGUAAAGUUAGAGAUUGAAGAACCUCCACGUUUCCUGGAUUGGUUGGUGGUCAGGUUGGUUCAGGUGGCUGGUUCUACUUGUACUGUUUUUGGACCAUGGGAAAGAGGAAAAUGUUUGAUGAUGAUAGUGAUUUUAUUUA